GGAGGUUAAUGGGAGGAGGAGGGGUCGUGCACUGCUCGCUCCUCCGCCUAUCCGUGCGUCUGUCGCGGUUUCCGAAAAUUAGAAGCCGAAAGCGUCGCAGCUCACAGGGUGUCGAGUUCUGAUAAGUGGUCCGUGUGCUGCACUGUGGAGAGGAAUGUUAGAAAAGGUAAGCGCGCUGUGUCCAAUUCGAAGGGAGGGAGGGAGCUCCCAGCAGCGCCACAACCACGUCGUAAAGAAUCACGACUAGGUUCCGAAUGGAUCCCGAAGCUGUCAUGAUUCGAUCGUCUUUGUACCGAGCACUGGCGUCGCCUAAGAGUGUACCUCGUACCAUACAAUCUGAAUCAGUUGCACACUUCGUCCCUUGCUCGGCCGGCCACCACGUGGGGAGAGAGAGAGAGAGAGAAAGAGAGAGGACGAGGAAGAAUCAGGCUCCCGGGAGAGUCCCAGACUUUGCAUUAGGGUUGGGACGGGGAUUCGAGAGCAGGAGAGAGUAAGAGAGAGGGGGACCCCAGGACCGGGGUCGUGGUGGCAGGUAUUGUCUUGCCCCUCCUUGAUUAGGGGGGAGUUCUCCGUCAGAGAUCCGCUGGGAGUGGAGCCCACACCCGGACGACAUCGUCGCAGGUACCGUAUGGGACAGUACGCUGGCUGAGCUCGAGAGCUUCGAUGCUAUGAUCUAGGGGUCUAAUGAAUCCUGGUCAAAAAUCAAUCCGUGGAUGGUUGAAAUGCACAGCGUAACUCCUCCACAGGGUACAUCAGGGUUCCAGGCCAGAACACACGGUCAAAUGGUUUCUCGAUGACAUGCAUCUGGCUUCCAGAGUCUGGAGGCCUUCCAUCGACCCUCGCUCGCCUUCUUCUGCAAUUCCGAAUUGCCGAUGUUGCGUCGUCAAUUCUUCCCUCGUACGUGCUGGUUCCGUAGGCCCGAGGCCUGACGCCUGCCGUAACGCAGCAGCCCCGGGUCCCCUGCUAUUGUUGCAGAGCACACUGCAAAGCGCCAGAGUCCGAGACGAACUGGUACGAGGGUUUUGAAAGUCGCAACUUCUCAGCUUUCCCACAGAAUCACGUCGCUAACUUCGAAAAUAUGCAGACUUCAAAAACCAAUUUCCAGAGUUAAAGGAGCCGAAGGAGAUUUCGUGAGAUUUCUACUCUACGAGGCCGUUAGUUCUGAGAAGAUUUACCCAGAGUCAACCUGAAGCGGGCGAGAGCGCAGAGAAUUGCGAGUGCGUAGCCUCUUCCUGGAUGCCGACAUCUUCCAGCUUUAGCCGACUUCCUGUGUUGGCAGGAGAAGGUUGAUUGCUGCUUUGUGCGGAAAAGUCACUUACGUGCAGACUAGUCUGUCUGGUACUUCAGUAAAAGAAUUUCCUGAUUACCACCCACACUUAGCCCUCGCUUCCAUCUUGACUACUGUUUAAGUAAAACCUUCGAAUGUCCGCAAUCUACCCGGACGGUCACACGGCACACUGUCGAAGCAUUGAUCCCUGCCGAUCACUCGAAGAACAGUGGCCCACUAAUCUUUGCAUUAGUGUGCCAAUUCUAACUUCGGAACUUCGUCGAUUUUCGCUCCAAUAAAAUUUGAAAGAGAUGUCGGUAGGUGACAGCACCGGCCCCAAAUAACAUUUAAUACAACAUAUGUCUGCCUACGGUCAAAGUAAGGUUGUGACAGUUUAAAUUUGGAAGCCUUGGCCAUAGCCUUAUGUAAUCAACUGUGGACGGGAGUAGUGGAGGCAGAUGUACCCAAAGCUCUCUUCCCAUUAAAGUUUUCUGAAUUUGCAAUUGUGAAUUUGAAUGCAAGCUUAUCACUUAUUUCUAUCCCGAGUCAGCUGGUUUGAAUAAGCUUUCUGGAAUUGCUAGUGAAUCUCAUCCCAAAAAACCAUAUAUUACAGCCCGAAGCAACUCGUGUGUUAGUUUCUCCUUGGCUUGGAUGUAAGCUUUUCAUCUUGAGGUAUUGCUCUUUCUUGCUCUUAGCUUUUGCUUUGAACAUAAAAAGUUCCAAUAUGGAUGCAUGUUCAUGGAAUAUUCGAGGCUUUAGCUUUCCUUAUUCGAGCCUUGCUCCUCUUUCGGAAGUUCAUGAACCAAUUCGAAACCUGCAAAAAAUUGAGAAAAUAGUUCUCUUAUCUUUCAUCCAUUAAUAGUGAUAAGAAAGUGAUAAUAG